AUGGGAAAUUAAAGUUCUUAAGAUUUAAUAAAAGGUUUAUCAGGCUGUAAAAACCUUAAAAGCUUAACACUCAAAUUAUAGUCAAAUAAUAUUGGUGAUCAAGGUUUUAAAGAUUUUAAAUCUUUAAUGUCUAAAUGUUUAAGUAUUUAAAAUAUGAUCCUUGACUUAAAUUACAACUAAAUAAGUGACGAAGGGGCUUCUUUUAUAGGUUCUGGUUUAACUAAUUACUUAGAAAUUUAAAAAUUAUCACUUAAUUUUAAGUUUAAUUAAAUUGGAGACUAAGGAAUUUAAGCGUUAGGUUAGGCUAUUAGUAGUUGUUCAAAUAUUCAAUCUCUAAAAAUAAUUUUAUGGGAUAAUAAAUUUUAAGGUCCAGCUUUAGCUUAAUUUUGUGAUUAGAUAAAGAAUUGUUAGAAUCUUUAAGAAAUAUAACUUGAUGUAAGAAAAUGCAACGUAGAUUCAAACACUUUAUCUCUAGUUAGUGAUUCGUUAUCACAAAUUAAAAAUACUUCUGACUUAACUCUCUCUCUUGAACAAAAUGGAAUUUGCUAAAUUGGGUUAUCUUCUCUAGCAUCUAAGCUAAUAUUACUAAGCAAUCUUUAAAGAUUAACACUAGAUCUAAGUUAAAUGCUUAUAGGUGAAACAGGUAUUAAUAGCUUAUGUUAAGCUUUACCUAAGUAUUCAAAGCUUUCUCACCUAACGCUCAUCUUGAUCUAUAGCAACUUAAAUGCUUAGUGUGCUAUUGAUUUAGGUAUUUCAUUGGAAAACUGUAAAAAUCUAUAAUCGAUGUGUCUAAACCUUUUUUCUAAUAAUAUCAAUGACGAAGGAGCAAAGGCCUUAAUUUCUUCGCUUAAAAAUUGUGAGAAACUCAAAGUUUUGUAAUUAACACUAGCGUAAAAAUAAAUAAAAUAUAAAAAUACUUUUUAUAAACUAUUUAAAAUUGUUAUUUAUAAGUGA